UUUUCUAUUUUAAAGAUAAGAUAUGAAUCAAGCUGUUGUUGUACACAGUGGGAUAUCAUUAAAAUAAUUACUCUCACAUAAUCAUAGCUCCAUAAAAAUGCACUUAGUAUCCUGAAAGCAUGUGACAGUGAGUUCAAACUGUGUCUUACCUCCUCCAGCACACAACACACAUACAAUAGUCCAUCCAGUAGGCGGUAUAAUAUAUAGAAGAAGUGACUUCCAAGUACCACAGAAUACCUCUGAAUAAAUUAGGUAACAUUAUUUAUGUGCAAGUAUACAAGUACAAGUAUACAGUUUCCUACUGAAUAAUCACAGGCUAAAACAGGCCCUCUAAUGAAAUAAAUAUAGUUGGGGGCCUGCCAGCUGAACACUGGGAGGCACAGCACAUUGCUGAGCGCCGGCCAAAUGCUCCAGGGCAACCGCUGAAGAGACCUGUUUUCUUGUUUUGAGUGUCGAAAACGCAACUGCGAAUGCAUUGUUUCAUCAUCAUACUAGGCUAUUGUAAAUCUAAUUUGAGCUACUGAUGCAAGACAUGACGUUUAAGACACAAAACAAAGCACCCAGUUGAAUCGCUCGCUACUUCAAAACUCUCAAAGUAGACCAUGUUUAAGCUCUCUGUUGGUGGCGUUGCUGCUUUAUUCUCUCAGUUGCUAACUACUGUAUCUGUCACUCACUGGAGAAGAAUUGAACACCAUGACUACUGCAGUAAACAAGCUUUAAGAAGCUCUUUGUAUAGCUGUACACACAUACACACAUACACACAGUACAGAGACAGGGAGAAACACUACAGAAUUAUAUCACAGCUUGUAUUUUUCUACAUGUAAGUGGUUGUUGUACCAAACACCAACAAAGCAGCUGGUAGUGCAAAGAGCGGAACCAGGAGCCAAAACAGACAAGAUGUUCAUACAAACCGCCCGUCGCCAGCAUGACUUCUUUCUGAGGAGUCCACCCUACAGGGGGGAGCCGCCUACAGUGGCAGGAUUUCUCCUCUACCCGGAUACUCCCGCUAAGAUGGAGACCACAUCCCGAGAAGCUUUCCGCUCGAGAACCAUCUCACAACAAGACAGAGGCAAAGGAGACAACAGCGCCUCCAACACACAGCAGGUGUCCAACCGUUCUCUUCCCACAUCCUCGAGAGAAGCAGGAAGAGGAAGCAGCCGCAGGGACCGGGAAGCAGGGGAGGACGAGGAAGGCCAUAACCCUGACGAGACAGCAUGGACAAAGAAACAAGAAACGACAUACAUGCAGUCUCAGUAUCAGAAGGAUUUCCCUCCUCCGUCCUCCUGCCGCAGGAGGCGAACACCUGCCCUCCCACAGCCAGACAACAUCGGCAUCAACCCCGCCUUCAGGAUCGACUUCAGCACUGUGCAGAGAGAGGAUUACCCUGGUUGGCCCAUCAUGAACCCCCGGAGGACUGGGAGGUCUCGUCAGGACAACCAAACAUGAAAAAAUAAAUACAAAUCAGUCGUGGUCAUAUUUUCUAUUGCAGGACAUGUCUAAUUCCAUCAAAUGGAUAAUGAUGUUAUAAACCAGUUCGAGAGUUGCCAGUUUUGUUGUCUUUUUCUCUAUUUAUAUUUUCAUCAAUUUCAAUCACUGCCCCGUCCAAGA